UGUUCUACGUGAAUCACGUUUCUCCAAGGUGAUACGAGUAUAAAGUGUUUCGUACUUGACAGGCGGUCGCCUGGCAUCCGCAAGUGUCAGGCUUGCUUUGCAUAGGCGGACAGGAGAACGGAUCGUUGUCAUUAUGGAACGUCAACAAGUGCGCGAUGAUGGCCUUUGUGCGCACCAAGUUCAACGGUCGUGUGGAAAAUCUUGCUUGGAAUAAGUUAAGCGGCGAGUUGGUUGUGCAUUGGACAUACAUGGAGGGGGACAACCGAUACACCAUCGUCGCGGUGCUCGCCAGUUUCAAUCGGAUCGUCGACGUGCUGCCACUGGAUAAAGAAACGGAGCUCUACUUUUUAAAGUUCAACACCGCGCACGAACGACUAAUUACGUUUUGCAGCAAUAACGUCUGUUCGAUAUGGAAUUUUUUUGGCUACGAGAAAUCAGUCCAAGAACAACGUAUGUCUGCCGACCGUUCUACACGGCGAAGGCAAGGAGUCAUGGUCCGCAAUCCGAUUAGAUAAUUAUUUAUUUAUUCCAAACAUUGUUAAACGAUCUGUAUCUACAGAUAAUUCGUGAUAUAUAUAUAUAUAUAUUAAUAACUAUAUAUCCGCAUAAUUUUGUGAUAACUCUGUGAGUUUGUAUUAAUAACAUAAUAGGAUAAUCCACGCUAGUUUCCUCGAACAUAAAGAAAUCGCAGAAGGCCAGCUAAACUUAUUUCCGUGAAAAAAGCUGUGCUACAUAGGCGCGAUCGUCUUCAGAAUACUUGAAGAAGCGUAUAAGCGUCUAGCAAAUACCAGUAAGUUGGCAUGUUUCGUAUAAUGCAUCGAUAAGUUUAUGUAUAUAAAUGCCACGAAAUUAAAAAAAAACCGUUUCUAAUGCUAACACUUCGUAAUCUACGACACUUUGGAGUAUACAUAAAUCUGUCUUUUUGAAUUUUUUUCAUUGAUUAUAGAACUUGUUUAAUUCUUACUUACAAAGAAAUAAAGAUUAUGAAUGAAGGAAAACGUUACAAGUUUUACGACUUAUUGGUAUUACACGCGCGAAAUGGCAUAUCAAAAUGUAUGUAAAUUAGUGAAAAUUUAUGUAAUGUGUGCGAGAUCAGAUAUGGUGGGCAGAAUUUCAAACAAGUAUCGUAGGUCGUAAAAGAGCUUGUUCCUAAGUGACCAUUGCUGCUACAAUUAACGCGACGCACAGCGCAGAUAAUUGCAGUUCGCUAAAUCUAAUGGCGCUAAGAACCCAUUCAGAAGCGUUAAUUUAACGGCGAUCGUAAAACGUAAUUUCGCACUGCACGGUGGACAGUCGACUUAUCUUGCAAUAGAUCGGCAACUGCCCGCUGUGCAAGGAAGUUUUACGCUGACACGCGAUAUGUCGCUCGAAAGAAGCCUGUACUCAGGAUAUAACCGUCCCAGCCAGAUUUUCAUAUUAUAAUAUAUCAAACUGUUAUACUUGAUAAAACGCAGAAUGUAGAACGUAGAACGAUGUGGCGCAUAAUUGAGUAAAGACCGGAAAAAAGGUACACAUGUUUAAGCAAAAGAAAUCGCGGAUGCUAAUCAUUUCUUCGUGUUGGAUUUAUUUUUGAUAGGCUCUUUGUAUGUGUGCAAGUCGCAUGAAUAUUUUAUUGCUAUAUUAUCAUCUCGUAUUGCGUUAUGCAAUGUUUUAUCAUUUUUGAAAUUUUAUUUUAUUUUAUAUAAAAUUUUUUAGUUAUUAGGUAAUCUAAGGUUUGUUUGCAAAUUUUUUCUCAUUUGAAUUUGCGUUUACUUUUUUUAGACGUACGUUCAACUGAAAAAAAUAUUUAAAAAAUUGGAUUUAUCCUGUUCAUCUUCCUCUUUAAAUCCGAUUGAUUUCAAUGAUAAUAUUUGCAAUAAACGUAGGCAAUUUUAAUAAUCUUAAGUUCUAAUGCAAUUUAAAAAUUUUUUACUUUUAUAGCGAAAACUUUUGUCAAAAAUAAAAUAGAUAGAUUUA